AUGCUGUCCCAAGGCCGGGGCUAUGGGGCUGUGGUGGUGACUAUGCUGAUGUCCCAGCAGCUCCUGGUGGCGCUCAACGAAGCUGCGCGCGGUGUAGGAGCUGCCUUUGUGCUCUCCGUCAACAUGGGCGUCACCACCUCUAUCUUCUCGGACUUUGGACCUAAGCAUGUCAUCUCCGAUGAAGAUGGUGAGCCCACGCAGAUGCUCGCUGUGAGUGCGGCGGAGGUUGUGCCGGUGAGCAAUAUUGUGAAGGUCCAUGGAUGCUCUGAGGGUGAUGCAGUUCUAGUUCUCACCUUGGCCUCCGACCAUGGCCUGCAGGAUGGCGACAUGAUUGCUCUCGAUGAUAUGCGUGGCACCCUAUCUGGAUUCAAUGGCAGGCAGGUCAAAGUCCGCCGCUUCGGCGUCGUGUCACCAACAGAUGCCAAGGUGGAUUUGAAGGAUGUGGCCGUGAAGGAAAUGCUGAAAAACACAACCGGUGAGGUGCUCACCAAUUUCCAGCGUCAGUAUGACCACUACAAAUCCGAGUUUGAUGCCUCCGGGAGCGAAGGGAAGUUCAAACAGCGAGAGAUUACCCUCUUCAAUCGUUUGGUCCUGGAUAUCGAGGCAAGCAACUUGGAAUUGUGGAGGGACUACCAAUCUGGCGGCUUGGUAAACUCUGUCAAGCCUGCUGUGACCAAAGAGUACCAGUCCUUUGCGCAGAGUCUUACCUUCACUGCGAACCCGCAGAUGAUGGACCAGGAGGCAUGGCACGCAGGAGCUGGUUGUUGGGUACAACUUGCGAUUGCUGCUGCCUUGCGCUUUAGAGAUUCCAAAGGCCGCUUCCCGGCUCUCCUCAAUGAAGAAGAUGCAAAGGAACUAGCCGACAUGGCAAAAACGUUGAGUGAAGAGCAGAAGUCCCAGGAGGGUGCUUGCUGGCUGCAGAAGGUGGAGUGGGGCUUCCCAAGCGGAGAGGCUGUUGAGGACAUGGCAGCUUUGGAGGCAAACUUCAAGCGCUUCAGCAUGCUCUUCGAGACUGAGCUUACAGGGCUCUGUGCCUUCCUGGGUGGUGUGGUGGCACAGGAAGUCAUCAAAAAGACGGGGAAGUUCACACCCAUCGAGCAGUGGGUGCAUCAUGAUGACGACAGCUUGGUGCAGCCUGGGGCUUCUCCGGGAGAAUAUGCUGGGACACGCUAUGCAUACCAGGCAGCUGUCUUGGGCUCCAGCUUCAUGGAUGAUAUCCGGAAGCAGCGUGUGUUUUUGGUUGGAUGUGGUGCACUUGGCUGUGAAUACCUGAAGGGCCUGGCAUUAAUGGGUGCUUGCAGUGGGCCCGGGGGAAAGCUGAUUGUCACCGACAUGGAUCGCAUCGAGGUGUCGAACCUCAGUCGUCAAUUCCUCUUCCGGCAGACUGAUGUUGGGAAUCCCAAAAGCACUUCGGCGCGCCGGGUGGUAAAAGGCUGGAACCCGGAUUUGAACAUCGAAGCCUUGGAGAAGGGCGUGGGAGUCACCUCCGAGGAUUUCUUUGACGACAACUUCUGGACUGACCUGGAUCUCUGCUGGAAUGCUCUUGACAACGUCGUGGCACGAAAGUACACUGACAAGUGCUGCCUUUGGUACGGUCUGCCUCUUCUUGAGUCUGGUACGCUGGGCACAAAGUGCAACAGCGACGUUUUUCUGCCUCAUUUGACAAAAAGCUACAAUGAUGGAAUCGAGACCGAUGCAAAUGAGGCGCAAAUCGCGAUGUGUACCUUGCGAUCUUUUCCUUAUUUGCCGCUCCACUGCAUUGAAUUUGCAAAGCAGGCUUACUUCUCAGACUAUAUGGAGUUUGCUCCCCAGCAGUACGAGUCUUUCCGCAAGGACCCUCCUGGAUUCUUUGAGCAGCUGGAUGCGAUGAGCGAAGCGGAGCAGUUCAAAGCCCUGAAAAUGAUCAAAGGUAUCAUUGAGCUUCAGCAAACGAGCCAGAUUGACUUCGAUGCUUGCAUCCGUGCGGCCUUCAAUCAUUACUGUCGGGACUUCAUCAUCUCGAUCCGUGAUUUGGUCUACAAUUGCGAUGAGAUCGAGAGAAGCACUGGCAAGCCUUUCUGGACUGGUACCAAGCGCCGACCCGUGGAGGCGAAGUGGGAUUCAGCAAAUCCUCCGGUUGAAGCCAUGGAGUACCUGUAUGCCACUGCCAACUGCUAUGCCUUUAUGUGGAAGGUUCCUUUCGUUCGGAAUCGUGCUGCCUUUCACCAGCGAGUAGUGGAGUUGGGACUUCAGGUGCCAGAGUGGUCGCCGCCCAGUGCGGGAAAGGUCGAGACAGAGGAAGACGAUGGUGAGAAAGUCGACCCUGCUGCCAUUGAAGCCCUCAAGGGCGAGCUCUAUGCUGUGAAUCCUGCAGACCUGGCUGAGUGCGAGGCCCAUGACUUUGAGAAGGAUGACGACACCAACUUCCACAUUGACUUCCUUACUGUCUCUACUAAUUUGCGCGCCAGCAACUAUGACAUCAAACACACCGAAAGGUCAACGGUGAAAGUCACUGCUGGUCGCAUCAUCCCCGCACUGGCAACGACCACUGCGAUGAUUUGCGGAUUGGUGGAUGUGGAAUUCCUGAAGCUGGUCCUGGGGAAGCAUCGGGAGGAAGGUGCCCUGGACAAAUUCUACAAUGCCAACAUCAAUCUCGCCACAGGUCUUCAGGCGAUGAAUCUUUUCAGACCGGAGCCAGCCAUCGUUUUGAAAACAAAGUUGCCGGGCUCUGUAGCAGAAUUCACCUCUUGGGACAAGGUGGAAAUCCAGGGGGAGAUCUCCUUGGAGGAGCUGAUCAAGCAAUUGGAAUCCAAAUUGGGCGGUGAGCUCCAACGGUUAUAUCCCGUGGGCAAUGACAAGGUAUCCAUCUACACCCGUUCACAGGUCAAGAUGCUGGACUGGAAGAUUGAGCUGGAAGGUGGCAAGGCCACUAUCGAGCCUGAUGAGGUCUUCUCAACAUGGCCUCAACUGAAGAUGGCAGUGCAGAUGUUGGGAAGAGUUCCUGAUGGUCCAGCACGGAAGAACUUUGAGAAUCAGGUUCUAUCUGCUGCUAAGUCAUUGCAGGGGGUCAAAGACAACUUUCACAGCCGCUGCCAGAGCAACACCAGUGAGGCCUAUGUCAGCAUGCUGCGGCCGUCUGACGAGGAGGCCGAAAAGCAAAAGUAUUUCGAUGCUGUGCUGCAGAAAAGGAGCUAUCUUUCUCUGCAGGCAGACAUGCUGACCGCCGAGGGUGAGGACGCUGACCUGCCACUGAUCAAGUACACCUUCCGGUGACCGGAAUUCCCAGCGGCGAGAUGAAAACAGAAGCCCCAACUCCCAUCGGAUGAAGGGAACCUUUGCCUUGGAAGCCCCCAGUAUUGGGAGCAACAUUCAAGUUUUCCUUGUAUAUAGAUUUUCCCUUCAACCAAUCUGGUGAGCAACGUUUGAGUGUG